AUGUCCGAGCAGAACGAGAAGCUCGAUCAUGUGGACGACGAAGCCACGCGGCGCAUGGAGCAAAGGCUUGUCCGGAAGCUCGAUAUGACGCUCAUGCCCGUGGUUUGGGUGCUGUAUUUCUUCAACUACAUGGAUCGGAACAAUAUCGCACUCGGCCUUGUGGGCAACCAAUUCAAUGUUGCCGUAUCCAUCCUCAACGUCGGCUACGUGCUCAUGCAACUCCCCUCCAACAUGAUCCUCGCCAAAGUGCGGCCCUCGAUCUACAUCCCCGCAUGCGCCAUGCUGUGGUCUUGCGUCUCAGCGUCGACGUCGGCAGUGCACAGCUACGGCGGUAUCAUCGCGGUGCGCUUCGUCCUCGGAGUCGUAGAAGCGCCAUUCUGGCCUGGAGCCUUCUAUAUGCUUUCCUCAUGGUGCGUGUUUCCUGAGCUCGCUUUAAGGACGGCCAUUCUCUACUCUGGCCUUGUAGUCGCGACCGUUUUCUCCGGCCUGAUCGCAGCAGGCGUGUUCGCCGGCCUGGACGGCGCAAGGGGGCUUGCGGGCUGGCAAUGGCUUUUCAUCAUCGAAGGAAGCGGGAGCUUCUUCUUUGCUUUCUUAGCCAUGUUCAUCUGCCCCGAUUUCCCCGAGUCGAAGACUGGCAGCGGACGCUGGCUUUUCAGCGAAGAAGAGCGCAAGCUCUCUAUCGAACGCAUCGCUCGGGACCGCGUUUCCGCGCCCAAGGCCGACGAGUCGAUUAUGCACGGUCUCAAGCUUGCUGUGAUGGACUAUCGGACUUGGGUCUUUUCCCUCAUGCUCUGCAGCAACCACAGCGCCUACGGCUUCAACAACUUCUUCCCCAGCAUCGCCAAAGGCUUCAGUAUCGGCUCCCAAACCGUCACGCUCGUCCUAACCGCGCCGGCGUACCUCGUCGGGACCGUCAUCUCCUUCGCGCUUGUCUUCUCCAGCGACCGCAACAAGGAGCGCGGCCUGCACAUCUCCGUCCCGCUCUGCUUCGCCGUUGUGGGCUUCAUCAUCACUGUGUCCACGCUGAGCAAAGCCGCGCGCUAUUUCGCGUCGUUCCUCUAUGUCGGCGGCCUGUUCGGCUCGAACGCUAUUGUAUAUACGUGGGCGGCUUCGACCCUGAACCAGACGCCUGCGAAGCGCGCGUGUGCCACUGCUGUUGUCAACAUCAUGAGCCAAAUGGAUGCGCCGAGAUAUAUCUUGGCAAUGUUGCUGAUGAUGGCGUUCUCAGCGAUCAGUAUCUGCACUUGUAUCUAUAUGAAGACCGUAUUGAGGCGCGCGAAUAAAAAGUUGCUGAGGGAAGGGGAGGAGACGGGUAUCAAGGCUUCCUUGUAUCCGUUGUAA